GCCCCUUGCGCCUCUCCGCCUAUCGCACCUCGUGGGGGCCGAGUUCAUCUUCCUGAAGUCCGUCUGCUUAGCCGUCGAUCGCAUCUUCCCAGUCUCCGGUCGUUUGGAUUUCGCGUUAGAAUAUCGUUCACUUGCGAAAAAACUCAAAUUUCUCCUUGUUUACAAUGGCUCUUCGGACGAUGUUUCAACAUGUCGUUAGGACCUGCAGUAGCCCAUUACCAGUCUUAACUGCAAACAGUGUACGAGCGAUGAGUGCCUUUGUCAACAAUGUUGAGUUGUUAGGACGAGUCGGUAGGGAACCUCAAAAAAUUGGAACCAAUGAUGCUGUUGCUUUCCCGCUGUACACAGAAUCUGUUGUGAAGCUACAAGAUGGAACAGUGAAAACCUACCCAUGUUGGCACAAAGUACUUGUUACCAAGAAAGAAUUAGCCAAUAUUGUAAUUGAAGCCCUUGAGAGAGGACAACGUUGUUACGUAUCAGGGAGAGUGGCCUACAGAGCAGCUGAACCUAGUGCAGAUGGGAGAAUGGUCUACAACCACCAGGCAGCUGUUAUUGCAAGAAGAGUAAUCUUCCUUGAAAAGAGCAGGAAACGACAAGCAGAGCAAGCAGAGCAAGCAGCCAAUUCCGGUGAUGCUUCCAGUCAAGCUGCUGCUAGCAUCAGUUAAACAUCUUUUCAUUCAAAGUAAAAGCUAUAUUGCUGAUACUACAGGUGUAAUUAGUUACCUGCUUGUGCAGCUGAAAUCUUGAUAUGUGAGCUCGCUUAACAUCCUUCAAAGAAGCGAUAGCUUAGUUAAACAUUAAAAACCAAAGAGUUCCACAGUCAUUUGUAGCAGCACAAUUAGUUCAUGCUGAAACAGAACUAUUUUGGACUUGACAUCCAACAGUGCUCUGGUUGCUAAUCAAUGCUGCACAGCUGAGUCCAUAUUUCAUUGUAUUCUGUGUGAGUGAAGAUAUGUUUGUAAUAAAUCUUGUUUAAAAUCCA